AGCCGAUACCGCCCGCGCUCGCUCCCGCCCCCGGCACGACACCCGCUUCUGCGAACGGAGCGGCGGCGGCGUCUGCCCGCGGCCAGCGGGGGACGGCAGCGCCCGGUGGGGCUGGGGAAGAGCAGCAGGAACGGGGUCUCCCCUCGUUUCCUCACCGCCGGUCUCGGGAGGCGGCGGCGGCCAGGGGAAGCGAGCCCGGGGGGGCCUCGGCUGCGGGCCCCGGCAGCGGGGCGGCCCCGCCCCGAGGCAGGACGAUGCCGGUGAAGAAGAAGAGGAAGUCCUCGGGGGCGGCGGCGGCGGACGACACCGGCCUCAAGAAAUGUAAACUCGGCAGAUCACAAGCAUCUGGUAAAGUAAUAAGUGGAGAGGAACAUUUUUCAAGCAAAAAGUGCCUGGCUUGGUUUUAUGAAUAUGCAGGUCCUGAUGAAGUUGUAGGCCCUGAAGGAAUGGAAAAAUUCUGUGAAGACAUCGGUGUUGAACCUGAAAAUAUUAUUAUGUUAGUUUUAGCCUGGAAACUAGAGGCUGAAAGCAUGGGAUUUUUUACCAAGGAAGAAUGGUUAAAAGGAAUGACCUCAUUACAGUGUGACUGUACAGAAAAAUUACAGAGUAAAUUUGACUUCUUACGGUCACAGUUGAAUGACAUUUCAUCCUUCAAGAAUAUCUACAGAUACGCCUUUGAUUUUGCAAGGGAAAAAGACCAGCGAAGUCUUGAUAUUGAUACUGCAAAGUCCAUGUUAGCUCUUCUGCUCGGAAGAACUUGGCCACUGUUUUCAGUAUUUUAUCAAUACCUGGAGCAAUCGAAGUAUAGAGUUAUGAACAAGGAUCAGUGGUACAAUGUACUAGAGUUCAGCAGAACUGUCCAUGCAGAUCUUAGCAACUACGAUGAAGAUGGUGCAUGGCCCGUACUUCUGGAUGAAUUUGUUGAAUGGCAGAAAGUUCGUCAAGCGUCAUAGCAAGAAUUCAAAAGAAAAUGCAAGAGUUUUUUUUUUUGGUGCCCGCCUGUACACAAAGUAAUGAGAAAAACAAAGGAUUGCAUUUUCAUUCAUAAGAAAGACUUUACAGUAAUUUUUUUUUCCUUUUUUAAGGAGACUUUCUUGUUACAUGUGAUAUGGGCAUUGAACCACACCUCUUCUGAGACUGAAAGUUGGAGUUCUUGUUUUGAGUCUUAUGUUUAUAGCAUUUCUUUCAGAACAAUAAAGAUUCAGAUUUGUGACAAA